AAAGAAGAGAGCAUAAAAACAAUUAUGUGAUAAAAUUAUAAAAUUUUUUUGCUGCUCUUGUUUGUUGUUUACACAAAAUUUGAUUGAAAACAAAUACUACACAUAUGUAAGUAGUCGUUAAAAUGACUUGGUCACGUACGGAGCGAAGCGAUUAAAAACGCGCAACUUUCGUUUAAGAAUGGAUUAAAAAUAAUUGCAUAUUUAAAAAUCCAAAAAAAAAUGCUAACAAAAAGUGCUUGCAUAACUGAUUUAUCUCAGUGGUUUUAAGAUGUGAUAUAUCGUUGCUUGUUUGUACGAGUAUGCAUGGCAAACCACAAACAAAGUAAUAAUUGUGCUAAGAAAGUGAGAAAGUGACGCAGCAGCAAGUAGUAGAUACGAUUGCUUGCGUAGUGCAUAGUCUUAGUUAUAAAUAUAAAUUGUUUAAUAAUUGCAACAAAUUUGAAAUUAAGAUGAAACUUCCACACACAACACCAACAACAACAACACACAUAUCCACUUGGCGGCACGGCAGCGGACUGAGUAAUGCGAGUAUAUGUAUAGUGUUGUUGUUGCUACGAUUACUCGCUAUAUGCAGCAUUGAAGCAGCGCCACAUCCAACACCUGCCAAUAAUGCUGAUGGCGACGAUAACUUCCGGCGUAAUUAUGCCGUCGAAUAUGGUGCACCGUUAAUUACACCGCUAAUGGAAUAUGUAACGCUCGAAAUGAAUACAAAUUAUACAAUACGUUGUGAGGCCAAUGAACCAUUGCUCUGGAAAGUUACGCCUAAUACGCCGGCACACGAAGUGAAAACAUUUGAUACCGGCGAUCCGCAACGACCAUUUGGCAGUAUGCUCUAUCUAUUGGAGAUAUCAUACCUAAAUGUGGGCAGUUACUAUUGCAUAAAAGAAUCGAGCGUUA